CGUCUGUUCCUGGCCUCCCGCGUCAAAGUCACAGGGGCAUUAAGUUGACCAUUGACCGGCUAUUGAAAGUGGGAUCCCAAUUCUGGCCUUCUUCUUCGAAGCGUACAAACCAAUGGCCCCCUCCAUCUUUUUUUUCUCCCAUCAAAUCUCUGUUCUUCUGCAAUUCUUGCUCGGAAAGCGCGUGCCAGCAGCAGCAGCAGCGGGGGACGAGGUGAGAAGACAUCACCGACUCACUCUAGUCCUCGCCGUUUGCCUUGUUGGCACGGGGUGCGCUGCUCGCUGGCUGUUGCUUUGCCGCUGCUCGACGGUCGCUUCGGCCAAGAACCCCAUGGUUCGAAAGGAAAAUGGAUUGUAUCCUCUUGCUGCUGCAAAGGGAGUAUGCGGAUUUGAGGAAAGGAUCCAUGUUACUUAACAUGUGUUCUUAAUAAAAAGGAAAUGUUCUCCAAUCAUUACGUGAGCUAGCCAAGGGAGGAAAAAUCGAGCAUAGAACGAACAGGGGGAAGAGAUGUCUGGAACCAUGGUGAGUGCCUCCACUGGUGCUAUGAACUCCCUCCUUGGUAAACUCACCACACUGAUGGGUAAGGAGUAUGGCAAGCUCAAAGGGGUCCAUAAGGAGAUGAAAUCUCUGGAGGAAGAAUUCAGAAGCAUGAAGGCCCUUCUUGAGAAGUUGGCAGAUAUGGAUGACCUCGAUGCUCCAGCCAAGGAGUGGAGGAACCAAGUGAGACAUAUGUCAUAUGACAUCGAAGACUGCAUUGAUGACUUCAUACACCACUUUGAAAAGAAUGAUGCAACUAAAGGGUUGGUGAAGAAGACUGCUAGGCUUCUAAAGAAGUUGAGAGUGCGCCAUCAGAUUGCCAGCAAGAUCCAGGAGAUCAAGAUUCGUGUGGAAGAGAUAAGCAAACGACGAAUGAGGUACAAGCUUGAUGACUACACCUCCAAGCCUAGUUAUGUGCCUGUUGAUCCACGUGUAUUGUCAAUCUAUGCGGAGGCUGCUGGCCUUGUGGGUAUCGAUGUCCCAACUGUUGAGCUUACUGCACUGCUCAUGGGCGAAGAACAAGAUUUGAGGGUGGCUUCUAUUGUUGGAUUUGGGGGCCUGGGCAAAACCACACUUGCUAAUCAAGUUUACCGCAAGCUUGAAGGGAAUUUUAAGUGCCGUGCAUUCGUAACAGUGUCUCAAAAACCUGACAUACUGAAGCUUCUCAAUAAAAUACUAAUACAAAUUGGUGGCUCUGUCUCUCACACCAGCGAGUUGGAUGACCUUCUCAAGAAGAUCACAGAACAACUGCAGGAUAAGAGGUAUUUCAUUGUGAUCGAUGAUUUAUGGGAUUCCUCAACCUGGAAUGUUAUCAAAUGUGCUUUCCCAGCAAAUAAUUGUGGUAGUAGAGUACUGACAACUACAAGGAUUUAUUCUAUUGCUUUUGCCUGUUGCUGUUAUAGUCAACAUUAUGUUUAUAACAUGAGGCCACUUGGUGAGCAAGACUCAAUAAAGCUAUUUUUUAGUAGAAUAUUUGGCUCCAGUGAUGCUUGCCUUGACGUAUUUGAAGAGUUUUCAGCUGAUAUUCUAAAAAGAUGUGGUGGUUUGCCACUCGCCAUUAUCAGUAUAGCUAGCCUUCUAGCUGGUCAAUCGAAGAUGGCAUGGGAGUAUGUAUGGAGUUCUCUGGGCUCCAUGUUCAAAGGGAAUCCUUGUCUAGAAGACAUGAAGCACAUACUGGACCUUAGCUACAGAAAUCUUCCUCACCAUCUUAAGACAUGCUUGUUAUAUGUUGGUAUGUAUCCAGAGGACUCUAUCAUUAAUAAGGAUGAUUUGGUGAGGCAAUGGAUAGCCGAAGGCUUCGUGAGUAGAAUCCAUGGGCUAGAUGAAGAUGUUGUUGCUGGAAGCUACUUCAAUGAGUUAAUGAAUAUGAGCAUGAUUCAACCUGUGAACACAGACUAUAACGGUGAGGUGUUGUCCUGCAAAGUACAUGAUAUAAUGCUUGAUCUAAUCACAGUCAAGUCUGCAGAAGAGAACUUCUUUGAUAUAAUAGAUGGUCCUCAGGCCACAAUGUCAUCACACAAGAAGGUCCGUCGAGCCUCCAUCCAAUACAAUGGUGCAGGGCAUGAUGUGGCACUAACAACAUUAAAUGGAUCACUCUGUCAGGUUCGAUCUGUGGUGGCUUUCACAAGGGUUUUGCUACCAUCAUUUCAGGAGUGCAAGUAUCUCCGAGUUCUAUUUGUUGAAUUUAAGGAAGCUCGUACACACAAAAUGGACCUUACCAGUAUUUGUGGAUUAUUUCUACUGAGAUAUUUAAAGAUUGUAACUGAUGGCGACUUAGAGCUUCCUAAUCAAUUUUGGGGUCUACAGUAUUUGGAUACUAUGGUUCUCGAGAGUCCGAUGAAAUUAUAUAUUCCAUCAGAUAUUGUUCGCUUGUGCCGGUUAUUACAUUUGAUUGUUCCAGGUGGUAUGGUUUUUCAGGAUGGGAUUGGCAGCUUGAAAUUCCUGCGUACCCUGCAGGAGUUUGAUUUCUCAAGAAGCUCGCUGGAAAGUUUUCAGUCUCUUGACAAGCUGACCAACUUAAGAGAUCUUCAACUCUAUUAUGAUCGUUUAGACAUGGAUGAAAUGACCAUGGAAGCCUUGUACACUUUGCUUGAAGGACUUCCCCACUGCAGCAACCUCAAGAGCUUUGUUAUCAACAGUCAUAUACGUUACUUUGAUUGGCUCAGCAGAUUGUCUGGUUUCCCGUGCCAUAUUCAACGGCUCCAUCUUUGGGGUCUCUGGUUUCCCAGGAUCCCCAAGUGGAUAUCUCAGCUCCAUGACCUCUACAACUUGGAGCUUGUGGUACAAGAGGUGGUGCCCAACAAUCGCAGCUUUGCCCUCCCUUGUACACCUCUGGUUGGUGAUCAAACAAGAACCAGAGGGAACAAUUGUCAUCCCCAGCACAUCCGGCACUGUCGUCGCAUUUCCAGCUCUCAAGCACCUCAAGUUUUGCUGUCCUAAACCGCUCCUAGCCUUUGAAGCAGGGGCUCUGUCCAGGCUUCAGAACUUUGAGCUGCGGUUGACUGUGGCAGGAUGGGAAGAGGUUCUCAAUUGGUUGGAGCCUGCUGGCAUUGAGCACUUACCUGCUGGCCUCGAAAGGAUAUUUCUGUACUGUCAUCGUAACCUUGCCGACAAAGCUUCAUUCUCUUCACUGAAGAGCCUGUUUCACACGAACCAUCCUGGUGUUGACUUGUGGUUGCCAAGCAGGAUAUAAUGCUAUGGGUGAAGCAACCUGGCUAUUUUAUUUCUUUUUUUUAAGAGGAAGAACAAUUCAAACUCCUUAUCUGUUGGCUAGUAUUUUCUUGCUGUAUGUACGUAUUAUUCUUUUGUGCUGUAGGUAUAGUAUACUAUAUUAUUAUGCAUUGUCCUUUAAUGUUUCGUGUUGUCUAUUUUUCAAAAAAGAAGAAGAAGAACAAUUCAAACUCCUUA